GCGGUAGUCUGGGUGGAGCGAGCGAGUUACAUGGGCGAAAGUGCGCUGGAGCUUCUACGUGGGACAAGAGGGGAAAGCGUUUUACAACUGGACCCAGUUUAAGAAUUCACGCCGAAAUCUAUCAGAUGGAUGUUUAUUCUUCGUGUUGUGCGUUAGAGACCUAGUUCAGCCGCCCGGAACGUCGGCACUGAGUGUUUGGCGAAUGUUAAUAUUUACAUAACCGUUACAGUUUCGGAGUGCGUGCUGGCGAAGAGACAGCGUGGGGAUCUGGAGCAACUAAACACACCUAGGAAAUAAUUUUGCUUUUGGAUACACUAUUCAGACAAACUGAUCACCUAAUAUCGCAUUUCUUCAAAUUUUUCUUAAUUUUUCUGAUUCAGAAAAAAAAACAAGUUAUACAACAGGGAAGUACAGUGCACGGCACGGUCCUAAAGCCCGCCGUGUAUACAGCUGCGCGCUUGUACAACGAAACACGAGCAACUAAACACACCUAAGAAAGAAUUUUGCUUUUGGAUACACUAUUCAGACAAACUGAUCACCUAAUAUCGCAUUUCUUCACAUUUUUCUUAAUUUUUCUGAUUCAGAAAAAAACAAGUUAUACAACAGGGAAGUACAGUGCACGUCACGGUCCUAAACCCCGCCGUGUAUACUGCUGCGCGCGUGUACAACGCACUCGUAGCCAAAUGGUUCAAUUGCGGCCGGUGUUUAAAAGCUUUGUCAGCAUGGAAAGCCUUUUGUUAGAGCAAGGAUAAUUUCAUUCACUUCAAGAAUCUAACACUUCUUUUAUACUUUUUUUUUGCAUAGACAAUAACUUGAACGCACGCUUUCCUUCAUCACGUAUUGGGACUGCAUAUAGUGCUGCAAACAGAUCUGUGAGGCAGAAAUAUUGAAUUAUAAAGGGUUUUUCCGGUGAAGUAAUGGUCGUAAAUACAAUCCACUGGUUCAGGAAGGGCUUGCGGCUCCACGACAAUCCUUCCCUCAAAGAGUCGAUCCGGGGAGCGGAUACUGUGCGCUGUGUCUACAUCCUCGACCCCUGGUUUGCGGGAUCGUCCAACGUCGGAAUCAACAGGUGGAGGUUUUUACUACAGUGUCUGGAGGACUUGGACGCCAGCCUCCGCAAACUCAACUCCCGCUUGUUUGUAAUCCGGGGUCAGCCCACAGAUGUCUUCCCCAGGCUCUUCAAGGAGUGGAACAUCACCCGGCUGUCUUAUGAGUAUGACUCAGAGCCGUUUGGAAAGGAGCGAGAUGCAGCCAUUAAAAAGCUGGCCAGCGAGGCUGGAGUGGAGGUGACGGUACGGAUCUCCCACACGCUCUAUGAUCUGGACAAGAUCAUAGAGCUCAACGGUGGCCAGUCUCCACUCACCUACAAGCGCUUCCAGACCCUCAUCAGCAGGAUGGAGGCAGUGGAGACCCCUGCAGAGGCCAUCACAGCAGAAGUCAUCGGCUCCUGCACAACUCCUCUUUCUGACGAUCAUGACGAGAAGUUUGGGGUUCCUUCCCUGGAGGAGCUUGGUUUCGACACAGAGGGGCUGUCCUCAGCGGUGUGGCCCGGGGGAGAGACUGAGGCCCUUACACGGCUCGAGAGGCAUCUGGAGAGAAAGGCAUGGGUGGCUAACUUUGAGCGUCCCAGGAUGAACUCCAACUCACUGUUGGCUAGUCCUACUGGCCUCAGUCCUUACUUAAGGUUUGGCUGCCUCUCGUGUCGACUCUUCUACUUCAAACUAACUGACCUGUACCGAAAGGUGAAGAAGAACAGCUCGCCGCCUCUGUCGCUCUACGGCCAGCUGCUGUGGCGCGAAUUCUUCUACACAGCCGCCACAAACAACCCACGCUUCGACAAAAUGGAGGGCAACCCCAUAUGCGUUCAGAUCCCAUGGGACCGCAACCCAGAGGCACUGGCCAAGUGGGCUGAGGGCAGGACAGGCUUCCCCUGGAUCGACGCUAUCAUGACCCAGCUGAGGCAGGAGGGGUGGAUUCACCACCUGGCACGCCACGCCGUGGCCUGCUUCCUCACACGUGGAGACUUGUGGGUCAGCUGGGAGGAGGGCAUGAAGGUGUUUGAGGAGCUGUUGUUGGACGCAGACUGGAGUGUAAAUGCAGGGAGCUGGAUGUGGCUCUCCUGCAGCUCCUUCUUUCAGCAGUUCUUCCACUGCUAUUGCCCAGUGGGUUUCGGCCGCCGCACCGACCCCAACGGCGACUAUAUACGACGGUAUUUACCUGUGCUGAGAGGAUUUCCUGCUAAGUACAUUUAUGACCCGUGGAACGCACCGGAAAGUGUGCAGAAGUCCGCCAAAUGUGUGAUCGGUGUGCACUACCCAAAGCCCAUGGUGCACCAUGCAGAGGCCAGCCGCCUCAACAUAGAGCGCAUGAAGCAGAUUUACCAGCAGCUGUCCUGUUACCGCGGCCUGGGACUGCUGGCCAUGGUGCCGUCCAACCCUAACGGGAACGGGGAAAACUCCACAAGCAUGAUGGGAAUUCCCACUGCAGAUGCCACCCAGGACACUGCUGCAUCCUCUGGUUAUUCAGGCAGCAGUAGUGGGAUGGUGUGCUAUAGACAGGAAGCUCAGCAAUUUUCCGGCCCUAUGCUACAGCAAGGGCGGGGACAUCACUCCAGCAUUGUACAGACCACUGGGAAACGUCACAGUGAGGACUCUGGUCAUGCCACAGGCUCAAAAGUCCAGAGACAGCACAGUCCUUAAACAGGUUCCCACAUGUGACCACACUGUCCUGGAACUCACAGACACACACAUACACUGAUUGGUGUGUGUGUUAAAAUGAGUGCUUAAAUAUAUACAUACAUAUAUAAAACUAAUUAAGGAGAAUCAGGGUGUUUUGGGGUUUUUUUUCCCCCUCCAGGAGUGCAUGAUCCUUUUAUGUAAGCGCUCCUUCACAUCAUCACUUGGACUACACCCAAGCUGAUGCUGGCACUCUAGCCAAGUUUGGAAAGGAUUAUUAAAUAAAAAAAAUAAAUAGCUUCUCCUUGACAUGACAAUGUUCUAAUCUCAGUGAGAGUUAGGACUUCUCUUGGCACAGAACUUUGCUGUAUAUAUGAAUUUGUUUAAUACUCGCGUACACACUGUAUAUUUGCUAUUGUAUGUGCUUUCUCUUUGAUUUAGUCUUAGACCCACUGAUAUAUUUUUGAUAUAAAUUAUCAUUGUGGAUCAGCUGUAAUUCUUUUAUUUUUUGAAAGCAUAAAUAUUAAAGAACAUUUGUAGAUUGUGUUUACUGUGCACAGUGAGGCUCUUCUCAGUCUCUGUCUCUCCCACCUUCUCUGCCUUUCUCUCUGAUCCGUUUCACAUCGUCACUGUUGCCGUCUUUUUCCUCCUUUCCUUUUCUCAUUCAACCUUCUUAUGCCGCGUCUUCUCACGUAGUAGUCAUCUGUGUAAUUGAAACAGGGUGCAAAAUCAUCACAUUGUGCAAAUUGUCUACUUUUGUGUGCUUGUUUAAUAAAUACAAUGUAAAUAACA